CCAUUGUUGGUAUCGUCAUUCGGGUCAAAAACAAAAUAUAAUAUGGCAAUGGAUUACUUUUUUCGGUUGGGUAGAUUUAUCCAUAUUGUACUGUGCGAUUGUUGUUAUUAUGGUCAUCAGAAAACUCGGAUCUGUAACCAAGAAUGUUGAUGCUUUGAAUUCUUCUACUUCUCAGUUAUCUGUUCAUACUACCUUAAUUAAUAAGACAAUGGUCUCUUCGAUUGUUAGAAGGGUCGUGUGGUAUCCUGUGGUACCAUUGGUAGCUCAAGUGUUUAGCUCUUUAGUUGAAACGUUCGCUUAUAUUAAUCGUGAGGUCUCUUAUCCUCUACUUUUACUUUGUUUCAUUGGCAUAUCAAUUCAAGGAUUGCUGAAUGCUUUGGUAUUUUCUCAAGAUAUUGCUGUUACUCGUGCUUUCCAGGAUAUUAAAUUACAUUGGUGGAUCACUAAUGUUAACUCUUAUGAGUCUCAUUAUCCUCAUCGAUCUUAUAACAAGUCCGUUACAGAUGAGUUCAAUAUGCUAGGAAAAUCCAAUAAAUGGUUAAGAUACAUGCUAUUGAUUAAACUUUUCUCUCCUCCAAAAAGUUCUUUGCGAGUAAUUUCGCUUGAUAUUAUAUCACCGAUUAGUACUUUUGAUGGCAAUGCGUCUAAUAUCUAUUCUUCUCUGGUUGGAAAUGGUGAUUCCAAGCACGAUAUAACUCUUAACAAUCAAAAAAAUAAUCAAGAUAUUCAUUUAGUUUAUCCUGAACCCGUCCAUUUAAAAGAACCUUCUCAAUAUUCUUCAUUAGAUUUACCAUCUCACUAUUUAAAUCUGUCAACCUCAUCUGAUCCUUUGAUAGGUAAUAUAUCAACCCGUGCGGUUAGUGAUGAUAAACCAACAACAAAAAGAGUAUCAGAAGAUUUUAACAAAAUAUUUGGUUCAUCUCAAGAAAUUGAAAUGUUCAAACUGAUAUUAAAAAG